CAACAAACAAAUAGCGAGCGGACUGCCAACUUUUGUCCACACAAUAACAUUAAAAUUAAACAAAAGUUACAAUGACAACCACAUUAGAAGAAACAGCGGAAAAUGAAACAAAACCACAAAAUACUCCUACAGACAAUGCAUGCCAGAAUACAGAAUCAUCCACAGCUUCUUCGUUACCACAAGAGAUUAUGAAUAUAAUGGAAUUCUUAAGCUUAAAUACGAAAAUCAUGUUUAAGUCCCAACAACGAGAUGAACCCGAAUUGCAACAAAUAGACAAGUUAAAAGUAGCUUUAGAUGUUUAUCAAAGAAAUCCACAAACGUUUCUUAUACGUUUUGGUCAGUAUUUAGAAGAAAAACAUUUACAAGAUUUUGCUAGACUCUCCAUAGCCGACAGUGACGAAGAAAUGCAUUUAAUGGUAAAAGAAUAUCAGGAAAAAUUAAAAACACGUCAAAGAGAUGUUAAAAAUAGACGUUACGCAGCUUUACAAAAGCUUAUAAAAGAAGGUGAAUAUUUUAGUGAACAAGAAAUGAUGAAACGACAGCCGGAACUGUAUCAAGAGCUGGUGGGGCAAUAUUUAAGUAGCAAAGAAAAGCAACAGCGUGACUCAUAUGAUGUUAGAAAUACCACAUUUUCUGGCAUACUCAUGCAUAACCUGGAGCAGGAACAAUUGAAUGAGGUAAUGAAGAAAGCAGAAAAACAUGUACAAGAAGAAACUAUCCAAUCAUCCUCAAGAAAAGAGGAACAACAUGUUGAAAAGGGUAUUUUAGAUAAUUUAGAAAAAGAAGAAGAUGAAAUUCCUCUAAAUUGCCGCCAACAGUGGGGUAAUUUUGAUAAUGAACAAAUUGCAUGUUCUUCGAGUAAAAUACAAUUAAAAAAGUCAUCUGUUAAAAAGAAGUUAAAUACUACACCACCACCAUUGAAGGACUUAAUAACCGCCGAUGAGAGAGAACUUUUAAGACAAGAAUUUAUAAGUCAAAUGCAUGAACAAUUUCUAACGGGACAAGAUGAGGAAUUCGACUAUACCAAUAUCGAUGAUAAUACCCAGUUUGAUGAUUUAACUUUAAUAAAUCAAGAUAAAGAAGAUAAGUAUUUCGACGAAAGUGAUGAUGAGGAAGAUGCUGAUGAUGGUAAUGAGCGAAACGUUGAUGGAUGUAAUCCUAACAAAAUGGAACAAGAUGAAGAAUCCGAAGAUGAAUUAGAUGUUUAUAUGUCUCAUUUGAAUAAACACCAUAGUCUACAAAAGAAUAUUUAACUUUUAAUUUUAAUUAAUAUUUAUAAAUUGUAUAUAAGAAAUGUUAAGAAUUAACUAUUAAAUAAAUAUAUUGUUUAUUUAUCUAA